AUGUCUGACGAGGCGCAAGAUGGGGGUAUUCCUGAAUUUGAUUAUACAGAACUAUUGCAGCAAACUAUAGAUGUAGAUGUGCCAUCUCAGGUGCAGGAACGUGUUGUCGAAACAGCUGCAGUAAAAAAUCCAACAAUUAAACAUCGAGAUCAUCCUUUAGUACAUCUUUUAAAAAAGGUAGAUGUUGGAUCGACAAUAUUCUGUAUUAUUAUACCUCUUUUCUCACUAUUCAAAUUGAUUUUGAGUAAGCCUGCGUAUAAUAAGGAUCUUUUAAUGAUGUUAGCGGUGUAUUGGUUUUUAUCAGAAAUAAGUCUUGUUGCGGGCUAUCAUAGGUUCUUCACGCAUAGUUCGUACCAGGUUCAUAUUGCGAUACAAUUCUGUAUGGCAGUGGUGGGUGCUUCCUGUGGUUUAGGAUCAAUACUUGACUUUACUAGUCAGCAUAUGGUACAUCAUCGUCAUAUAGAUACGGAGAAGGACCCUCAUUCUCAAUCGGUUUAUGGAUAUUUAUUCUCGUUAUGGGGACAUCGUUUUUUUAGAGGCAAUAGAAAGUCCAUAAGGGCUAUAGCGAAAUGCCGUGAAACUAUUGUUUCAACCUCCAGAGCAACAUAUGAUAAUCACACCACUCAACUAAUUAGAUCGGCUAGUUAUCCGUUGCUGCUGUGGCAAGAUACCAAUUACCUACAACUUUGGGUGCUCACGAACCUGUUAUUACCAUUCGUUGUGAGUAAGUAUUUCAUAGAAUUACCUGUUUGGAACUGUAUCUUUUAUCUGGGGUUCGUGAGAAUGUCAAUAGUACAACAACAAUGGUUGAUUAUCGGUGCCCUCUGUCACUGGAAGAACUUCCCGCUGUCAAAACAACCAUUUGACGACUCGAAAACAGCAGUAGACUUGACUCUUGGAUGGAUCGGAGACAUCCUAACGUUUGGAGAAGCUAACCAUAAUUUUCAUCAUGAAUUUCCAGGGGAUUACAGAAAUGGUACGGACAACUUUACUAUAGAUCCUGCGAAAUGGGUAAUUUCUGCCUUACAGUGGCUGAAUCUAGCAAAAAACCUACACAAAGUAUCGCAAGAACAAAUAGAAAAGUGUCUGGUUCAACAACAGCAAAAGAUAAUAGACGAGGAAUCAGCAAAAUUGAGAUGGGGUAUCCCAAUCGACAGACUCCCAGGUAUGACAUCCCAGCAGUUUGUUAAACUCGCUAAGGAUGAAUACGCUAAAAACUUGAAAGCAUACGUUGCAAUUGAUGGUAUUGUACAUGACGUAACUCCAUUUAUAUAUGAUCAUCCCGGUGGAGUAGCCCUUGUUGAAACAAGUAUUGGAAAAGAUGCAACUCAGGCCUUCAAUGGCGCUGUAUACAGUCACUCAAAUGCCGCUAGAAAUCUAUUAGCUACAAUGAGAGUUGCAGUCAUAACAGACCAAACUUCAACUAUUCAAACUACCCGCUGGGAACAAAAUUCUAUUGCCGAUGCUACUCGCAGAAAUGGCAUGGAAGGGCAGGAAGUUGGUCGUACCAGAAAGCACGUCACAUUCACAAGAAGGAAUUAUUAUGCAGCGGGUGCUGCUUGA